AUGUCAGGCGCAGAUCAUGGAGGCUGGAAGGCGUACGAGUACUACCCUUCCAAAGCAGCAGCCGUGGUUUUCAUCAUUCUCUUCUUGGCGGUAUCCCUGCUUCAUUCAUACCAAUUGACCAGGACGAGGACGUGGUUCUUCAUCCCCAUGGCUAUUGGUGCCUGGUUCGAAUUCGUCGGGUACAUAGGACGCGCCAUGUCAUCGUCGCAAUCCCCCAACUGGACGAUUGGUCCAUAUGUCAUGCAGAGCACGCUAUUGCUAGUCGCCCCGGCGCUCUUCGCCGCGAGCAUAUACAUGGAGCUGGGCCGGAUCAUCACACUAGUCCGGGGCGAGAAGCUAGCAAUUAUCCGAGUCAACUGGAUGACCAAGAUCUUCGUCGCUGGUGAUGUGCUCAGAGCCGGAAUCAUGGUCACCGAUAACCGGGCCACUGGCGAGAACGUCAUCAUCGGCGGCCUAUUCGUCCAGAUCGCCUUCUUCGGCUUCUUUCUGAUCAGCGCGGCCCUGUUCCAAAUGCGCAUUGGGAGCCAUCCCACCGCAGAGUCCGUCGCUGACUAUAUCCCGUGGCGGAAACACCUCUUUGCGCUGCAUGCGUCGAGUAUCCUUAUUCUGAUCCGGUCUAUUUUCCGCGUUGUCGAGUAUCUGCAGGGAUCAGAAGGGUAUUUACUUUCGACGGAGGUGUUUAUCUAUGUGUUUGAUGGGCUGCUGAUGUUCUUUGUGUUGGUAAUAUUUGUCGUUAUUCACCCGAGUGAGGUUAAUUGUCUCUUAGGGAGGAGUCGUGUGAUGACGGCCAAAGGGGGUCUGAAGAUUUGCGAGAUUUCGGUAAAUGUUUAG